AUGUUUGACUGCAUGGACGUGCUGGCCGUGAGUCCCGGGCAGAUGCUGGAUUUCUACACGUCCAGUCCGUCCUCCUGCAUGCUGCAGGAGAAGGCUCUGAAAGCCUGCAUCAGCGGACUGGCGCACAGAGAGUGGCAGCACCGCCGGAGCGCACACUCCAUUGAAACGCAGAGCACCAGUUCUGAGGAGCUCGUCCCCAGCCCGCCGUCCCCGCCGCCCCCUCCCCGAGUCUACAAGCCCUGCUUUGUCUGCCAGGACAAGUCCUCCGGAUACCACUAUGGUGUCAGCGCAUGUGAGGGCUGCAAGGGUUUUUUCCGUCGAAGCAUCCAGAAGAAUAUGGUGUACACGUGUCAUCGGGACAAGAACUGCAUCAUCAACAAGGUGACGAGGAACCGCUGUCAGUACUGCCGCCUGCAGAAGUGUUUCGCUGUUGGGAUGUCCAAAGAGUCUGUUCGAAAUGACCGGAAUAAGAAGAAGAAGGAGAGCCCAAAGCCGGAGCUGGCAGAGAGCUACGAGCUGACAGCCGAGCUGGAGACCAUCAUUGAAAAGAUUCGUAAGGCCCAUCAAGAAACCUUCCCCUCCCUCUGCCAGCUUGGCAAAUACACCACGAACUCGAGUGCAGACCACCGUGUGAGGCUGGACCUGGGCCUGUGGGACAAGUUCAGCGAGCUGGCCACUAAGUGCAUUAUCAAGAUCGUGGAGUUUGCCAAACGAGUGCCUGGCUUCACGGGGCUGACCAUCGCGGACCAGAUCACGCUCCUGAAAGCUGCCUGCCUGGACAUUCUGAUCCUGCGCAUCUGUACGAGGUACACCCCCGACCAGGACACCAUGACUUUCUCAGACGGCCUGACCCUCAACCGGACGCAGAUGCACAACGCUGGCUUCGGCCCGCUCACCGACUUGGUGUUCACUUUUGCCAACCAGCUGCUGCCCAUCGAGAUGGACGACACGGAGACAGGCCUCCUCAGCGCCAUCUGUCUCAUCUCGGGAGACCGUCAGGACCUGGAGGAGCCCUCUAAGGUGGACCAGCUUCAGGAGCCUCUGCUGGAAGCUCUGAAGAUCUACGUGAGGAAGCGUCGGCCCAGCAAACCGCACAUGUUCCCCAAAACCCUGAUGAAGAUCACAGACCUUCGAAGUAUCAGCGCUAAAGGAGCAGAGCGGGUCAUCUCCCUGAAGAUGGAGAUCCCGGGUUCCAUGCCACCACUCAUCCAGGAGAUGCUGGAGAAUUCAGAGGGCCAAGAUGGCCAGAGCAGCAGCAGCAGCAGUACCGAGGCGGGUGCCAGCCCCAGCAGCAAGGGCAGUCCCAACGAGGACGCCACCGCUCUGGAGUCACCGGAGUCCUUGGACACCGAGGGGGCUCCGGCCACGUCACCCAGCGACGAGCCCUAGGAGGCGCCCGCGGGUGCCUCUGAAACUCUCUCUGACAUUCCUUUGCACAAAAAAGAACA